UCUGACAGAUGAGACUUUUAGCUAUAACAUCAUGAUUCAGGUUAAAAUUUCUAAGCUUGAUGGGCAGAUUGACCAAAUUUAUAUGUGGUUUCCACCAUCAUUUUAUCUCACACAUUGACUUCAUUAUUUCUUCUUCUUUUUGUAUAUGUUUCUUCUUGUUGCAAUAUCAUACAUUUUGGUUGUGAAAAAAGAUUCAAUCUUUGGGGUUUAAAUUGUUUAUUACACAAUGGGGGAUUCAAAAAAGUACAUAACAGCUGAAGAGUUAAAGAAGCAUAACAAAAGAGAGGAUAUAUGGAUCUCUGUUCAGGGGAAAGUUUACAAUGUGACAGAUUGGAUUAAGCAACACCCUGGUGGGGAUAUCCCUAUACUUAAUCUCGCUGGACAAGAAGCAACUGAUGCAUUCAUUGCUUUUCAUCCAGGUACUGCUUGGAAACAUCUUGAUAACUUCUUUACUGGUUAUUAUUUGGAAGAGUAUGAGGUUUCUGAGGUAUCAAGGGAUUACAGAAAACUUUGUGUUGAAUUUGCUAAAGCUGGAUUAUUUGAAAAAAAGGGUCAUGGGGUUAUGUAUUCCUUCUGUUUUAUUGGGUUUUUGCUUUUCUUGACUUUCUAUGGUGUACUUUUUAGUAAUAGUUUCUUGAUUCAUAUGCUUUCUGGGGCAUUGUUGGGGUUAACUUGGAUGCAGAUUUCUUAUUUGGGUCAUGAUUCUGGUCAUUACAUAAUCAUGACAACUAAAGGAUUCAACAAAAUGGUACAGAUUAUGUCAGGGAAUUGUCUAACUGGGAUUAGUAUUGCUUGGUGGAAAUGGACUCAUAAUGCCCAUCAUGUGGCCUGUAAUAGCCUGGAUUAUGACCCUGAUCUUCAGCACUUGCCAGUUUUUGCUGUCUCUUCCAGUCUGUUUAAAUCAUUGAAUUCUACCUUCUAUGGAAGAGAGUUAACGUUCGAUUCCUUGGCGAGAUUCUUUGUCAGCUAUCAACAUUUUACGUUCUAUCCUAUCAUUUGUGUUUCCAGGGUGAAUUUAUUUGUCCAGACAUUGUUGCUAUUGUUCUCAAAGAGAAAAGUGCCUGAUAGACUUUUGAACAUAUUGGGGAUCAUGGUUUUCUGGACUUGGUUUCCGCUUCUUGUUCUCGCCUUGCCUAAUUGGACAGAAAGGGUGUUGUUUGUUCUUACAAGCUUUGCUGUGACUGGGAUUCAACAUGUUCAAUUCUGUCUGAAUCAUUUUGCUGCUGAUGUCUAUGUUGGACAGCCCAAGGGGAACGAUUGGUUUGAGAAACAAACAGCAGGGACUAUUGACAUUGAUUGUUCUCCUCUGAUGGAUUGGUUCUUUGGAGGAUUGCAGUUCCAGCUUGAGCAUCAUCUGUUUCCAAGGCUGCCUAGGUGCCAAUUGAGGAAAAUUUCUCCUAUUGUGCAGGAGCUUUGCAAAAAGCACAACUUGCCCUACAAGAGUGUGUCCUUCUUUGAGGCCAAUAGGUGGACAAUAAGGACACUCAAGACUGCGGCAAUGCAGGCUAGGGGUCUGCUCUGGGAAGCUGUUAACACUCAUGGCUAGUAUAAUUAUUUUUUUGUAAAAUGUUGAAGCUUUUCGUAAGUCUGUUUAUUGUCAUUACAAUUGAAUAAUGUGUAUUUUAGAUUGUGUUGCUGGAUGGGAACAGAGAGACAAUGUUUAUGCUGUCUCAGCAGCUUGCACAAUUCGGAAUUUAUAUAGAGUAGUGCUGUAGAAUAGUGUCCUGAGUGAAAGAUUUCUCUUUUAAUGUACCCCAACCAAACCGAAGCAGCAGGAUAUGGGCAGUUGCAGGGCUAGCUGCACUUGAAGUAA